GGAAUCCCUUUCAAGCACAAAAACAUGGCGGUAUAACGAAGGCUUGCGAUUGCGUAGUUGAAAAGAAAUCCCAGCGUUGAGCUAUAUUCACUUCUUUMAAUUCAUUUUCAUAUCCAAAUGGAUUCUAGAGAUAAAGAUUUAAGUGACGGUGGGUCGGAAUCGUGGAAUUACUCAGGCAACGAGCGACAAUGCAUCGAGGAGAUAGAGGGUGAACCCGACUUUGAUGUGCAGUUGGUUUCAGAGAAGGAGCAAGCGGUGCAAAGGCUUUGGCACGUCUUUCAAAGCGCAGCGAUGGCUUGUGCUCAGCUCUACAAAGAGAGAAACCACGACGCGAACAAUAGCCAUUUGUGGACGCCUUUUCAAGGCACAGCUAACACUGUGGCUCAACUUUACAAAGAGAGCUUAGAACUUCACAAGAGAGGUAUUGAUGCAGGUCAUCAAGCUGGAAUACGACGACGAAACAAAGAAAUUCUCUCCUGGGCUAAAAAGAAGAGAAAGCACAUYAAAAGAGAGGAUUUAUUAUGUUAUUUGGCUGGUAGGUCAUCUCCAAGAAGGAUGGCAGACGUUAGGACCAGUAGCUCCAGUGUAGGAUCCAAUGGAGCCAUUUUGUCUUCAUCAAUGGAUUUUGAUAGUCGAGAUACUGGYGUUCAAUGUUAUGGACCWCUUGAUGACUUCUCUGUAGAUCAACAACUCAAUUCUYCCCCCUACUUCUCUGGAACUGGCUUGGGGCAAAUGUUUCAUAACCCUACACGUAGAAGAAGCUAUAAUGAAAAUUUAGGAGAUCCAGAAAGCAGAGAAGGGAGAAAACGUACUUCAUCUUCCAUGGACAUAGUUAUGGAUUCACCGUCACACAAACGUGGUCGCUACAACAAUUACUAGUGGCCUGAUGUUURUGUAUAUUGACAGCAACAAAUUGAAAUUGUUAUAAAUGGCAAAAAAUCUACCUGAUAUCCAAAUAUAUUAUUAUCGCUAUCUUCUGUUAAUGUUUGUGAAUAAARAAAGUUUUUUGUUGUU